AUGGCAUUACCAUUAUUACAUAUUUUUUCUGCUGUAUUAAAUUCUUAUAUUUUGUGGUAUGAUCAAGUAUAUGUGAAUGUAUUCCAUGGAAAUUCACUGGACACCUAUCCCUUUAAAAGUCGUAUUCUUUUCUUAACUCUGUGGAAUUUUGUACUUCACGGAGUUUACCAUUGGGUAGCCUUAGCCAAUGAUGUUUUUGGCACAGACGAAGCAUCACCUCGUAAUCCGCCUUUAAUACGAAAAUUAAAAGAUUUGUUAUUUACUUUAGCUUUUCCGCUGGGUGUCUAUGUGUCUAUUGCUUUCUGGAGUGUAUACGCCGUUGACAAGGAACUUAUUUUUCCCGAACGCGUAGAAAAAGCUUAUCCACCAUGGAUAAACCACCCCUUACAUACAUUUGUGUCUGUUUUUAUAAUAUUAGAAAUGUUAACGUCUAAUGUAACCUACCCAAGAAGGAUGGUCGGUUUAGCCAUGAUAAAUAUCUUUAUGUUCUCGUAUUUAGGGUUUUUGUUUGUAGUUUAUGGUCGAACCGGUGAAUGGGUGUACCCUGUAUUAGCGUACUUCAAUUGGCCUCUCAGAAUAAGCUUUUGUUUAGGCAGUGUUGUAAUAGGUCACCUAUUUUAUUUCGUAGGCGAAAGUUUAAACAAAAGAUUUAAUCCGUCCCCGAAAGUUAAAGGCAACGAGAAGUCACGAUAA